AACCGCCCAUUUCGACGGCACUCUCUUACUUGGAGGCAGCGGCGACAGGAAGCUGCAAUCGUCUACAAGCUACGGCCCUGCUUUUGCUUUGCAGCAAGAGACCCAGCUGUCCGUGACGUGCUGUGGCUGAAGCUGGCCGAUCAUACCCUCGCCAUUACGCAAAGUGGCGCUGACGCACCUAGACGGCCCAACUACGCAUUCGUGGAAUCUUGUCGAUGCUGCCAGCAUGAUUUUGCCAAAGGCAUACCUGUGCUUGCUGGUUUCUGCAAUGGUCAGCUGCCAUUUUAAGAAGGACAAAGGUACCCACGUUCAGGUAGACGCCUACAGGGUAAUACAGAUGGUGGCUUCGGUGCCGUUCAUGGCUGCAGCAUAUACAUCCAGCUCUGAUCCAGCUUACCAGUGCAUGACAGCUUCGGUGACAAGUUUCGACGAAACGAAGAAAGAGGGCACCUACUCCUGGUACCUGAAGAGCCCAAUUGACCACCGAACUGUCGUGAAGGUGGUCAAUUUCCACGUAACACCUGGAAGCGCUCCGGACCUGCUUAAUUUCACUGUCGAAGGAGAAGGCGACCAGGUGUACACGGCAUAUUACGCAUAUACGAAUUAUGAGAACUGUCUGGUAGCCGAAAUACCGUACAACAACGAAGACCUAUGUAUAUUGUGGGUGACAGAAGAAGUGGAGGACAAUAUACCGCAGGAGUGCCUCACCGAGUAUCAUGAGACAUGUCCCGUUGAAUACAGGGCCUACGACAGCGACAUCUGCUAGAGCGACCAGGGUGACUGCGUCGAGAUAAAGCUAGAAAUACAUGUGCUGUCUAUGUAAGAGCUUUGUACUCCCC